GAGUCUUUUCUCUCUUUUCUUCUCUCCCCCUCCGCUUAACUCUUCCUCGGCGCAACCACUCUGUCUCCGCUCCGGUGACCGGCGUAGUGUCUCUUCCCGUCGGUCACCACCCCAACCUCCCUCGUGUCCAGCCUCUUACCUUCUCUAGAUUUGUUUACCCACUUCCUCCUUGCUUCAUCUUCUCUGUUCUUUGUCGGGUUGCGGCCGGAUCUGACGAUCUAAACCGGAGUCUGAGGGCGUCUUCAGCUUCCGCGGAGGGAUGGCGAGGUAGUGGUUAGUCGGAUCUAAGAAGGAGGCGUCGUCAAGAGUGUAGAUCUAGGGUUUGAGCUUGAGCAGAUCUGGGUAAGGUCUCGCCGGAGGGUUCGCCGGAGCAGCUAGCGUCGCUGCUUUCGUCGUUCUGGCCAGUUCGCUGCCUCCACCGUCAUCCCUUGCCUCCUCUUUCGACUGCUACGUAAGAACUCCCCUCACUUGUUUCAAGUUGAAAAGACGAUUCUGAGGCUUAUCGUCGGGGACUUCUUCUCGGUUAGUUCAAGUGACAACAGCCAUGGUUUCCUACAGUGGUGUGAUGAUCUCCCAUUCUUGCUACCGACGUCGUCCGCUAGGGUUUGAGGACAACCCGAUGUGGUGACUCAUUUGCUUAUAGGUCGAGUCCUCUAUCGCUUUCUAGGCCACCUGUUUUCAAGGAGAGUUAAACCUCCUUAUGUGCUUCAUUCCCUUGUUUCAAAGCUCCGACAGUGUGAUUUAGUGUUCCUUCGUGGUCUUUGCUGCAUCCUUUGUGUCGCGUGGGCGGUGAUGGAGCCUGCUGUACCGCCUACGCUUGACCGUAACUUGUGCUUCUGUGUAAGCAGCGUCGCUACGGGUCUGAACUUUUGUCUCUCAGUCGAGAUAGCUAGGAUUUGUUGGUCGACGUCCUUCUCCAGCGGAGCUCCGGGGCGUAAGCCAGACGCUUCCGUCGAUGCCUGCUCGGAGCCACUUCGGUGAGUUCUCGACUAAACUUCUCCCAGCUAUUCUCUUGCUUCUUCUGAUUUGUUCAGAUACUGCAAGAAGGCUACGAUAAGGGUGACUACAUUGUUGUCUUCUUGAUCUUAUUGCAUAUUGAUUUCAAGCUUGCUCUUGUUAGAUGUUUGGAAUCAAUCCUUGUGUAUCCUAGGGGUUUUUUAAUUUUUUUGCGGUCUCUAGGAUCAAAUCAGCUGUUAAGCAGAUUGUGGGUUCAAUUAAAUUUGUAACCAAAACUUCAUUUUCAUUAAUGAUAUUUACCAUUUAGCAAAAAAAAGUUUGAUUUCCAAAAAUAUAUUUUUUACAAAUUCAUGAAAAUACGCUUUAUAACUUUUUUAACCGGGUACAAAUACUUCGUGGAAGAAUUAUUAGCUGAUUUCAUAUUUGUGUAAAUAACCUUUUUGACUAAAAACUUAAUACGCUGAACUGAUUUUCCAUAACAAACUGAAAUACCAUCCUGCAAUUAUUAAAAAAAAACUAAUUAGCACCACUGCCAUCGUUUCCAGUCAUGGCGUCGGCCAACAAAAACAUAAAGACAAUUAGUUGAGAAGUUAUACAAGUAUAUGAAUAUUUUAACCAGCGUUUUUCUUGGGCAAAAUAUUAUAAAAAUGCCUCGUGGAUCACGAAAUUAUAGAUUAUUAUUUCUUCAUAUAUUAAUCGACUGAUUGCCUAUAAGCAGAUAUGUUUAAUAUGUACCAUGUCAAUAUAUAUAAAUACACGUAGAGUUCAAUUUCAACUAAUCAUAGCACCGAUCACAGUAUACUCUCCCUUCAAAGUUCAUCUCUCUUUCCUCUUUAUUUGUAGAAGUUCAUUGAUAGUUCUAAUAACAAUUUGUAUUUGUAAUAUAAGUAAUUGUCAGAUUUCUCUAAAAGCAAACAAAGAUGGCUCAAAAGGUGGAAGCACAAGGAGGGAAAGGAGGCAAUCAAUGGGAUGAUGGAUCCGAACACGAUGCAGUGACCAAGAUUCAGGUCGGAGCAGGUGGAAUAGGCAUUCAAUAUGUUAAGUUCGAUUAUGUCAAAAACGGACAAACCGAAGAGGCCCCUCUUCGCGGUAUCAAAGGCCGUAGUAUCCCAGCUGAUCCGUUUGUGAUUAACCAUCCUGAGGAGCAUCUAGUUUCCGUAGAAGGUUGGUAUAACCCUGAAGGUCUCAUUCAAGGGCUUAAGUUCAACUCCAACAAGAAGUCUUCUGAUGUCAUUGGAUACAAUGAUGGCACUUCAUUCACUCUUCAAGUUCAAGACAAGAAGAUCGUUGGGUUUCAUGGGUUUGCCGGAGACUAUGUACAUUCUCUUGGCGCUUACUUUGCUCCAUUGACUAGUUCCACCUCGUUAACCCCUGCCAAGAAGUUACCGGCACUUGGUAGUGAUGAAGGAACUGCAUGGGACGAUGGUGCUCACCAAGGUGUUAAAAAGGUGUAUGUAGGUCAAGGCCAUGAUGGUGUAUCAGCGGUUAAGUUUGAGUACGUCAAUGGUUCUGAAGUGGUUGUUGGAGAUGAGCGUGGAAAGCCUACUCUACUCGGGUUCGAAGAGUUCGAGCUUGACUAUCCAAGUGAAUACAUCACGGUUGUUCAUGGCACAGUUGACAAAAUCUUUGGGAGUGGCUCUGCCGUCAUCACCAUGCUUAAGUUCGAGACUAAUAAGCGAACAUCUAAUCCCUUUGGGCUUGAAGCUGGCGCAAGUUUCAAAGUCAAAGAGGAAGGCCACAAGAUUGUUGGGUUUCAUGGAAAAGCCAAUGAGCUGCUUCAUCAGAUUGGAGUCCAUGUCCUCCCAAUCACCAACUGAUCAUAAGACAUCUUUCUCUUUGAUUUCAUCUAAUAAGUUAUCGUACCUGUCUCUUUUUAUGUCUUCUAAGUUUGUCAUCGGAAGUCUCUACGUUUAUGUCUCUGGUGACCUUUGAAUAAGUUCUUUUACUUUGUAUGUUUCUGUUUGAAGCUGCGAAAGUGUUAUAUAAGUAAUGUCUCUUUGUGAA